CGCGCGGCGGGGAAAGAGCGGCUGUGUGUGGCAGGGGGUUGGAGAGAGAGAGUGGCCGAGAGCAGCGGCGGGGGGAGAGAGAGAGGGGCACGGACAGAAACAUGCUGCGGUUUCAGUCCCUUGAAGAUGGUGAUGGCUUCCCUGACCUGGAGGAGGAUGAAGACAUUGACCAGUUUAAUGAUGACACCUUUGGAGCAGGAGCAAUUGAUGAUGACUGGCGAGAAGCACAUGAGCGCCUGGCAGAGAUGGAGGACAAGGUCCCGAGUGCUCGCGUUUUGGGCAGAAGUUCAUCCCCCAACCUUGAUCCUCUGGGGUACCAACAGGAAGAGUUGGAACAUAGUCUGAGCCAGCUGGUGAAGGAGAUAGAAGAGCCAGCAUUGCCUCGGGGGUCACGUACACAUCUUUCUUCUGGGAUGAACUCAAGUAUAUGGGAUUCUUCUUCCAGUCUGCGGCCAAUCAGAGGGCCCUCCCUUACAGAGGAUAUGAGUCCACUCUCUAUUUUACAUGAAUACGGGUUGGCUCCCAUGCCCCCUCCUGGUCACGAUGAUGGUGAGCGAGAUGCCUCAGAGAGAGCCUUGCCUCGACGAUCUACCUCCCCCGUCAUUGGCAGUCCUCCAGUGCGAGCUGUACCUAUUGGGACUCCGCCUAAACAUAUUGGCCCCAUGUUCACUCAGCAACAGGUUUUGUGCCCAAAUCCCAUCCACAUCCGAGCAGCCUCUUCCCCUUUCAACAGCCACCCGAGUAAUCCAGCGUCACUAUUGAGACACCCGUUCCCUUCUGCUCUCUCUCCACUUCAGCGGGCACAGCUGUUAGGGGGAGCUCAGACAGCUGCUGGCCGGAUGUCUCCCAGCCAGUUUGCACGUCCUGCUGGCCUCCACGGCCCUGCUAUGGCUGGCAUCAGUCCCACGCUUCUACAGGGGCACGUAGGUCCGAUGGUCACCCCAGGUAGUGGUGGAAUUAGACCCUUUUUUGGUGUUCCCUCUGCAGCUGCCCCAGGAGCACAUCUGAAGAACCUAAGAUCUCAGCAGCUUCAGUUCCGCCCAGACACCACUCACCUGCACCCGCAACACAGACGCCUGCUUCACCAGCGCCAGCAGAACCGGAACCUGCAUCGGGGUGUGAAUGGCUCCGGAGUGGACCACCCUUCCCGGCCCCAACACACAGAACUUCACCGGCGAGACCCUUACGCGGGUCUUAUGCUGCAACGAGAAAAGGAAUGGGUUUGUCGUAUCCAACUCCUCCAGCUACAGAGCACUGACCCCUACCAUGACGACUUCUACUAUCAGAAUUACUUUGAGAAACUGGAUAAGCUGUCUUCUAGCCAAGACAGACCGAGCGAGGGCCCAAAGAAGGAGCGGACGAAACUCAUCACACCACAAGUGGCCAAACUGGAGCACGCGUACAAACCAGUGCAGUUUGAAGGCUCUCUUGGUAAGCUGACUGUCUCCAGUGUGAAUAACCCGAGAAAGAUGAUUGACGCUGUGGCAACCCAUCGUUCUGAUGAAGAUGAAACUCGGGAGAAGCAAGUGCGGGACAAGAGGCGCCAGACCCUUGUUGUUAUUGAGAAGGCAUUCUCUGUGGUGCUGCAGUUGGAAGAUUUUGAGCGACGUUUCUCCCUGUGCUGUGAAGAUGAAGAGCGGGAAGCACUGACUGCAGAACGCAGGCAGAAACUGCAGCAGCUCUGUGACAUCCUCAGGGGGAAGGAAGGAGGCGAGAGGGCAGCCGAGGAGCAGUUUGUGCAGAUCAUGUGUAUCAGGAAGGGGAAGCGGCUGGUGGGCCGUAUCUUCCCACUGCUUCCUCUGCAGCAGGGCACAGCCUUGCUUUCCACCGCAGCCCACAGCUUGCCCUUCCUCGUCAAGAAGGAUUUACAAGAUCAGAUUCUGCCCUGUCUGGCUUCUCCAUGUGCCCAUGUAAUUAUCCAGAUGUCUGCAGCAGCCGUCACCUCACUUCUACAGAGUAUGUGUGGAUCUGGGGUGGCUUCCCCGCAGCAGCAGCUUUCAUCAGUGCUACAGAACAAGUUCGGACUCACUCUCCUUUGCCAGAUUCUGGAUCGGGCUGAAGAUUUGCUGAGCUCUGAGUUUCCCACAACAUUAAACCAAUCUCUCUGGACACCACUGGUUGCACAAGUCGCCCAUUGCCUUCUGCAGAUCCAAGCAGCAUCCCUGCCUCAGCCCCUCUGCUCCCCAUCUCCGGCUCUGCUUCACUUCUCACGGUACCUGGAUGAUCAGAGUCUUUCCCAGCUGCGGUCAAAGCUCCGGUGCGUUCCCAGUCCAUGAUCAAAAACGGCGCCUUGGACUCAGCAGCAGCAAACUCCGUUCCCACUUUUUGCUUCAAGGGUUUUAUGAGAUUUUAUUAAGCAACCCGCAAAGGUGAGAUUGAAACAUUUGGAGUGAAAAGGGAAGGUGACUGACAGAAGAGAGGCCUGCGUCUGCUUUCUCUGCAUCGCCACCUACUGGACAACGCAGCCAAAAACGAUCCGUGUGUAUGAAGCGGAAGCCCGCAGCAUUUCUCAUGUAGAAUUUUAACGAUUUGGCUCUGUGAGAUUCUUCAUUGCUAACGUUACCCAAAGGGUCUUUCAGAUGAAAUAUAUAUAGCUAGCUCCGUGUACAUAAAUAUAAAGUAUUAUUAAACCGGACUCUUAAAUCAC